CCCUGCCCAUCUGCCUGCCUGCCGCCCUAGUCCAAGCCAGACCCCCAGCCACCCACGACGAGGCCCCCCACUCCGGCAGCCGUGUGUGUGCGUCUCUGUGUGUAUGUGUGUCUGCCCCACCGACCGUGGAGGUGGAGGGAGGGGACGCCAAUGACCUCACCAGCCUCUCUCUCCGACCACCCCCCCUUCCCUUUUCAACUUUUCCAACUUUUCCUCGGAGCGGCGGCGGCCUGAGCCCUGCUAGAGCCGGCUCCGUCUGAAUGGAAAAGGCAGGCAGGGAGGGUGUUGGCCGCCUGGUCCUCGUCGUGCUGAGCCUGUGGCCGGGUAGAGUUUUUGCCCCUGGUCCGCCUCCUGGUCCCCCGCGAGCCGCCCCAGACCCUCGCGCUGAGCUGGACAGCACCGUCCUCCUGACCCGUUCUCUGCUGGCCGACACUCGGCAGCUGGCUGCGCAGCUGAGGGACAAGUUCCCAGCUGAAGGGGACCACAACCUCGAUUCCUUGCCCACUUUGGCCAUGAGCGCAGGGGCGCUGGGAGCCUUGCAGCUGCCAGGGGUGCUGACCAGACUCCGAGCCGAUCUGCUCUCCUACCUGCGACACGUGCAGUGGUUACGCAAAGCUGGUGGCCCUUCCCUGAAGACCCUGGAGCCCGAGCUGGGUGCCCUGCAGGCCCGGCUGGACCGGCUGCUACGUCGGCUGCAACUAUUGACAUCCCGCCUGGCCCUGCCCCAGGCCCCGCCUGACCCUCCGGCGCCACCCCUGGCCCCACCUGCCUCAGCCUGGGGCGGCAUCAGGGCGGCCCACGCCAUCCUGGGGGGCCUGCACCUGACCCUGGACUGGGCCGUGCGGGGGCUGCUGCUGCUGAAAACGCGCCUGUGACCAGACUCCCGGCCACCGCCGUCCUUCCAAAGCCAGAUCUUAUUUAUUUAUUUAUUUUGGUACUGGGGGUAGGAGGGGGAGAGGCCAGGAGGCUCCCUCUCCCUCGUGUCUGCCCCCCCCUUCUCCACUGCCUUUGGGAGUCCCUGCAGGAGACCUGGGCAGGGGGCCCUCUGUGCCUUAUUUAUAUUUAUUUAUUGAAGGGAUGGUGGGGAUGGGAGGCAGAUGGACUCCGGGGUGGGGUGGGGGAGGGGCAGUCCAGGAAUCCUAGGAUCUUGGACCCUGCAAAGGUCUUAUGGUCAAUGUGUCUUCCUGGCUUCUACUCCCGCAUCCACCCCGCACCGGGCCCGGGAGGAAAGAAUGGGGGAGGGGCCAUAUAUUAUUUAUUACACAAUCACUUUUUC